AUGUCACACACCAUGAAGCUCUUCGAGCGCAUUAUUGACACCAGGAUCCGACAGGAGUGUACAGUGUCGGACUUCCAGUACGGUUUCCAACCAGGACGCGGUACCAUGGACCCUAUAUUUGCCCUAAGGAUCCUCAUGGAGAAGCACAGGGAAAAGAAUAUGCCUCUGCAUUUUUUAUUCCUAGACCUGCAGAAGGCCUUUGACUAUGUUCCUAGGGAGAUGAUCUGGUGGGCGUUGCGGUCGAAGUUGGUACCAGAGACCUACGUGGAAAUCGUACGUGACAUGUACCGCAACUCCGAUUCAAUAGCCAGGACCGCUGUUGGUGAUACCAACCCCUUCCCUAUAACCAUAGGCGUGCAUCAGGGCUCCGUCUUAAGCCCCUAUCUCUUCAGUGUGAUAUUAGACGAACUGUCAGCCAGCGUACAGAAACUACCGCAGCUUUGGCUGCUUAUGUACGCUGAUGAUAUCGCACUGGUAGAUGGGGACAAAGGACGGCUCACCAGACGCGUGCACGCAUGGAGGGAGGCGCUUGAGAACGGCGGGCUGAAGCUAAACGUGGCGAAGACGGAGUAUAUGGCCUGCAACAGCACAGAUCUGACGUCUCUCCGUAUAGGCGACGACACCGUCGAGCGCACGGACAACUUCAGGAUCUGUGCUUGA